UAACCGCGUCUGUCUGUAGUGUCGGUUGGAGGUUCGGCUCCGUCUGUCCGGCCGCAGACAUGGCGACUCCGCGCGUGUCCUGCAGAAUAUGAACCGGGUCAACGCGCUCACCUCACAACAUCGCCGUUUCAGUUCAUAUUAUCAGUGGGAAACCGCACACAAGUGGAUUCAGAACUGAGUGUAGUGCUAACUACUGAUUGGCCCGGUGCCUGUGUGAACGCGCAGAUACGCGCGGCUUCAACUCGACGCGCCGUCGAUCGAUUGAAGAGUUAAAGGUUGAGUGAGAAAGAUCAUGGUGGAACAGGGUCAGACAUCUUCAGCGGGACAGAGGUUAGGGGCACCAGAAACCCUGGGCAUCAGCACCCUGGACCCUGGGCACAAACCCCCUGUGAUGCCACCUGGAAAACAGAUGACCGUCAGAGUCCUGCUUCUGGAUGACACAGAAGUGACAUUCGACUUAUCGCAUCAAUGUUGUGGUCGGGUUUUGUUUGAUAUGGUCUGCUCUCAUCUCAAUCUCAUUGAGGGCGAUUAUUUUGGCCUGGAGUUUCACAACCAUCACAGACAGACGGUCUGGCUGGAUUUACUAAAGCCCAUUAGAAAGCAAAUCACACGGUCCAAACACACAGUUCUUCGGUUUGUUGUGAAAUUUUUUCCCCCCGAUCAUUCACUUCUGCUGGAAGAGCUGACCAGGUACUUGUUUGCUCUACAGGUGAGACAGGAUCUGACUAGUGGACGCCUCACCUGUAGCGAUGCCAGCGCUGCUCUUCUGGUAUCUCAUAUCAUUCAGUCUGAGAUUGGUGAUUUUGAGGAAACUCAGUGCAGACAGCAUCUUCUAAACACCAACUACAUUCCUGAUCAGAUGGCCCUGAUGGACAAAAUUAUGGAGUUCCACCAUAGACACAUUGGGCAGACUCCAGCAGUGUCGGAUCAGCAUCUUUUGGAAGUGGCAUGUAGGUUGGAGAUGUACGGCAUACGACUCCACCCGACUAAAGACAAAGAGGGGACGAGACUCAAUCUGGCUGUAGCACACAGUGGUGUCCUGGUGUUUCAGGGUCACACCAGGAUCAACAGUUUCAGCUGGUCAAAGGUUCGCAAGCUGAGUUUCAAGAGGAGAAAGUUCCUUGUCAAACUAAGAGCAGAUCCGAGCCAGAACAUUGGUCCAGACACUCUGGAGUUUUUAAUGGCAAGUCGGGACUGUUGUAAAAUGUUCUGGAAGAUCUGUGUGGAGUAUCACGCCUUCUUCAGGCUCUACGAAGAGCCCAGAGCGAGACCCAAAGCAGUGUUAUUCCCCCGCGGCUCCUGCUUCAGGUUCAGCGGCCGGACACAAAAGCAGGUUAUAGAUUAUGUGAAGGAAAAUGAGUUCAAAAAACUGCCAUAUGAAAGGAAACACAGUCGAGUUCAGUACAACAGCAGCAGCACGUCACCUCUUCAUUCUGCCCUGCCAAAACAAGCUGGUAGGCAGAGCUGGGAAGGCUCAUUUCUAGCAAGUUCAGAAGAUUCUGCUGUGAAACCUACUGGAAACUCCUCCCCUUCGAACCUGGAGAACGGAUGCAGCAACCAAAUGGAGAACAGCCGACGUCAAGCUGAUAAACAGCAGCACACAGAUCAAUCAGAGGUCACAAAAGCUCAGGUGACAUUAGUGAACGGUUACACUGACGACUACAGAGGUGCGACCCCAUCACCUCUCAUAUCACCUGUGCUGAAUGACAGCGCUGCCAAACGCAUAGAUGAGGAAGAGGACAACAGGACAAAGAUCUGUCCUGCAGAUGAUGCAUACUUCAUAACUAAAGAACUGUUGAACACUGAGAGGACGUACCUGAAAGACCUGGAGCUCAUCACAGUGUGGUUUCAGGGAGUGUUGGAUAAAGAGGAGUGUGUUCAUGACUCUCUGAAGAAACUUCUGACCUCCACCUAUGGUCCUCUAUACACACACCAUACACAAUUCCUGCAAGAGCUCGAAGAGAGACUCUCAAUGUGGGAAGGGCGGUCAAAUGUUCAGGUUAAAGAAGAUUUUCAGUGUGUAGGAGACCUGCUGCUAAAGCUCAUCAGCGAUCUGAAGUCUCUCUCAGCAGAGCUUCAGAUGAGUUCAGACUGUGUAUAUGUACUGGAGAAAGCCUGCGCUGCGUCUCAGAGACUGACGUUUGUGUGCCGGGACUUUGAGCAACAGAAAGUUUGUUACAUUCCAUUAAACGUCUUUCUGCUGAGACCUCGACAUCGACUGCUGCACUACAAACAGAUCCUGGACCGACUCUGCAAACAUUAUCCAUCCACACACAACCAAUACAGCAAAUGCAAAGCUGCAUUGUCAGAUGUGUGUGAAUUGGAGUCUGAGCUUCAUUCUGCUCUGGUGGACACUGAGAACUUUCAGAAACUCCUGGAGCUUCAGAAGGAUUUGAUCGGUGUGGAGGAUCUGGCCGUGUCUGGACGUCAGCUCAUCAGACUCGGCUGCCUCAGCAAACUCUCUGGGAAAGGCCUUCAACAACGCAUGUUCUUUCUGUUCAAUGAUGUACUUCUGUACAGUACUCGUGGGAUAACAUCAACCAAUCAAUUCUCAGUACACAGACAACUUCCUCUACGAGGCAUGACAAUCCGGGAGAGCGAGGACGAGUGGGGCGUUCCACAUUCUUUCACACUGAUGGUACAGCAGCAGUCACUGGUGGUUGCUGCCUGUUCGGAGUCAGAAAUGGAGAAAUGGAUGGAGGAUAUAAAGAUCGCUGUUGAUCUGGCAGAGGAAUGUACUGGAUUGAUCGGCGGUCUGCUUAUGUCUAAUAGCGACAUCAAAUCCUCUGGGGUUUCAGAAGUGGACUCAGAGGAUGAUCUUGGUGGGUCACAAUCAUUUACGAUGCGUCAUGGCAACAGCUCAGUGAACAUACAUCACCGUGGUAACACUACAGCACACGUGUGUUGGCAUCGUAACACUAGUGUUUCUAUGAUGGACUUCAGCAUAGCAAUAGAGAAUCAGCUCUCAGGAAAUCUGCUCAGAAAGUUCAAGAACAGCAAUGGUUGGCAAAAACUCUGGGUCGUUUUCACCAACUUCACCCUGUUCUUCUACAAAACACAUGAGGAUGAAUAUCCAUUGGCCAGUUUGCCAUUGUUGGGUUACUCAGUUAUUAAAGCUGGUGAAUCAGAAAACAUUCAUAAAGAUCAUGUCUUUAAGCUGCACUUUAAAUCUCAUGUCUAUUACUUCAGAACUGAGAGUGAAUACUUUUUCCAAAGAUGGAUGACCGUGAUUAGAAGUGCUACAAUUCCUGCCAGCAGAACCCGUUAUCUGAACCGGACAGAACCAGACUAAACCAACCAAACCUGCUUUCUGAACCGGACUAAACCACACUGAACCCGCUAUCUAAACAGAGCAGAACCAGACUAAAGAACCGCGCUGUCUAAACCAUACUAAACCACACCGAACCCGCUUUCUUAAUCAUACAGAAAAUGACAGAAAUGCUGCCAAUAUGUAAGGUGCUGAGAUGUGCGGUUCUGUAUGGUUUAUAAUUGUGUGUGUUUAUAUGACAAUGUCACAUUAGUGACUGAUUUUUUAAAACAGUAUAACACAGUUACAUAGUAUGACAUCUGAUAUGAAGGGGGAAUUGUACCUUAUCACUUCUUAGUUCAUUUAUCAGCCUCUGUUAUCUAUUUGUUGAUAUAAACACUGAAUCCUGUCAGACUACAUUAGUUUACUCUGUCACUAAAGUUACACAUGAACAAACAUUUCCAGCGUGCAUAGUUUUGAUAUAAAAGUUAACGUCCAGAUUAAGUAAAAAAAAAAAAAAAUACAAAAAAGAGCAGCCUUAAUAGGUCCUGAAUUAUUUUAGCUGUCAUAUUGCACUUAUCCUAUUAAAACAGGCCUUUGGUAGUGUUGUCUGGGCCAAUUAAACAAAUAUAACUAGUUAAAAGCCAGGUAUGGGUGACUAAGAUCACCAGUGUGUCAGACAGUUUGGAUCAUAAGUGCCUGGCUUGUCGUCUUAUCACAGAAUUUACUAAGAUCAAAGGUGCUGUAUUCACAGGAUGGGGCAGAGAUGUAUGCUGAACUUUUAAGGCUGUAUUUCAAUCUAUAUUUAGGCUGUUAUCUUGAGACAUUUUAGUUGUUUGGGAAAAGCGAAAAUAAAAGUGUUAUCAAAGGCUCAAAUGUAAACAGAGAAGUGGAAUUUCCCUUUAAACACAAUGACGCUCACUGUAAACACGCAGGUGCUUUUUUACUUACUGAGUAACAUUUCAUCUGAUUUUUAAUAUUCAAUUAUGCAUUUAUAAAAUUUCAGUGAUCAGAUUUUUAUGUUUUAAACUUUGUUUCUGGCAGCUAAAACCAUGAUGGCUUCAGAAGUCAGUGUGCCAAAACAAUGUAUUUCUGCUAAAAUUUUGUGAACACUAUUUGGAAAAUUUGAAAUAUAUUUACUUUAUGGAGUACAUUUUUUCAAAAAUGUAAAUUUUGAUAAACUUUACUGAAGCUUAUAUUUAUAAAGUGCCAUUAAGAGUGUAACACAUAUAAAAUAUAUUUUACAUCACCGCAUUUAUUUCUAUCACCAUGUGUAGCAUUUGAUAAUGAACAAAAAUAUGUUUUGUAAUUUGCUGCCCUUGUUUUAGGUAUUAAAUGAACCAUCAUCAAACUAAGACAAAUUCACCUUAGACAUGUAUGACAAUACAAAAUCCACUUGUAUGUUAUAGUUAUUUUAGUCCACAUUGUGCAUAAUAAACAAUAAUAAUGAACAUUGGAUAAUUAUAAUAAUAAACGUGACAUUUUGUAAGUGAAAGCAAUAAAACAUUGCAGAAACCUGUU